CAUAGUGCAUCCUCCAGGCGAGUCGGAUUUGUCAGGUAAAACUGGGGUCGUGAUAUUGGGGGUGUAGAGGAAGCAUUAAAGAACUAGAGGAAUGUUGUAUGUUUCGUCGCUGCUGUACUGCACCCUGGCUGACUGUCCCUUCCUGGUGGCCCCUCUGAGGGGUUGUCCAAUCAGACUCACUCUUUAUGGGAGUAGAAAGCCUCUUCUUCCUCCCUCAGAGCGGCUGCUCAUUUCCACCUGCGGAUCUCGUUAGCAGCCCAGCUCCUAACUACUACGACACCAGCGUCCUUGGAGGAAAGAUGAUAAGGACUAUGCUUUAAAACAGAUAGAAGGCACCGGGAUCUCUAUGUCGGCAUGUAGAGAAAUAGCACUGCUCCGAGAGCUGAAGCACCCGAACGUCAUCUCUCUGCAGAAGGUGUUUCUGUCCCACGCCGACCGGAAAGUGUGGCUGCUGUUUGACUACGCCGAGCACGACCUCUGGCACAUAAUCAAGUUUCACCGAGCCUCGAAGGCCAACAAGAAGCCCGUGCAGUUGCCGCGGGGUAUGGUGAAGUCUCUGCUCUACCAGAUCCUGGACGGGAUUCACUAUCUGCACGCCAACUGGGUGCUGCACCGUGACUUGAAACCUGCUAAUAUUUUAGUUAUGGGUGAAGGUCCCGAGCGAGGAAGAGUAAAAAUUGCCGAUAUGGGCUUUGCCCGCCUAUUUAAUUCACCUCUGAAGCCUUUAGCAGAUUUGGACCCCGUGGUCGUCACAUUCUGGUACAGAGCCCCCGAGCUCCUGCUGGGAGCACGGCAUUACACCAAAGCUAUUGAUAUUUGGGCUAUAGGGUGUAUAUUUGCAGAACUGCUAACGUCAGAGCCAAUAUUUCACUGUCGGCAAGAGGACAUCAAAACUAGUAACCCCUAUCACCAUGACCAGCUGGACAGGAUAUUCAAUGUAAUGGGAUUCCCUGCAGAUAAAGAUUGGGAAGAUAUAAAAAAGAUGCCCGAACAUUCAACAUUAAUGAAAGAUUUCAGAAGAAAUACGUACACCAACUGCAGCCUUAUCAAGUACAUGGAGAAACACAAAGUGAAGCCAGACAGCAAAGCAUUCCACUUGCUUCAGAAGUUGCUUACCAUGGACCCAGUAAAGCGGAUUACCUCAGAGCAGGCGAUGCAGGACCCCUACUUCUUAGAAGAUCCACUUCCGACAUCAGACGUCUUUGCCGGCUGCCAGAUUCCUUACCCCAAACGAGAGUUUUUAACAGAAGAAGAGCCAGAUGACAAAGGAGACAAAAACCAGCAGCAGCAGCCUGGCAAUAACCACACGAACGGCACGGGCCACCCAGGGAACCAGGACAGCAGCCACGCACAGGGGCCCCCACUGAAGAAAGUGAGAGUCGUUCCUCCGACCACUACCUCAGGUGGCCUGAUCAUGACCUCAGACUAUCAGCGUUCCAACCCACAUGCUGCCUACCCCAACCCUGGACCAAGCACAUCACAGCCCCAGAGCAGCAUGGGAUAUUCAACUACCUCCCAGCAGCCUCCACAGUACUCUCAUCAGACUCACCGGUACUGAGCUGUGCUGGAACCACGCCACUGCACUGUCGCUGGCUCGCAGUGGGGCGGACGGGCGGACACCCCCCACCUCACCCCCCCUGCAGAGCCUGGCCCGGGCCACCACGAGAAUGUCCUGUGCGGCCUGUGUCUUCAGAAUGUCCUGCCGCCAGCCCACCGCUUUUCACAGCUUGGGGAGUGGCUUCGCGUUGUACCAGUUUGGCGUUCGACUGGAGCAGAAAGUGCUAGCACAGUGCGUGUGGGCGUGCUCCCUGCAGAGUUUACUUGACAAGGUUCAGACUGACCAACGCUCUUCUUUCUCCCCCUCCCAGCGACGGCCUGAAGCAGGUGAAGCUGUGAAGUGUGCUAGGGCAAGCAUUUGUUGUCGUGUGGUGAAUCCCGUCAGUGUAAGAACAUUCUCUGACCAGUAGUGAGCGGGUAACUGCUCACUGGUACUUGAAACACGGUCCGUGUGUAACUCCCACAGUCCGAGGUGUGAGAUGAGCUCCUUUGGUCCACCCCCCUUUGUAGUGUGUCUCACCGUGGCCUGGGGAGCGGUGCCGACAUCGGUCACUGUUGGCUUGUGGAUUUCUUUUAUUUUGAACCAAGGAAGAAAAUGCUUGGAUUUUAUUUUUUCCUUCCCCAAAGUCCAAACUCCACAUAGUUUUGCCAGAAAGGUUUCGAACUCCCAAAGAUUAGUCCCCCCUCACUGGGCUGUGUUUCCAUUUGUUCUUGUUGUUUGGUUUGUUGUUGUGGGUUGAUUUCCCGUCUUUGACUUGACUGGAAUUAAAGCUGCUAUUUGAUAGUAAUAAGUAAGUAGGUGGUCACUGAGGUAAGCCGUUUGGUUCAGCAGAAGAUUGUCCCAGACAGUGUUUUGUUUUUUUUCCCUGUUGGUGUUGCUGAUUUGUGAGCAUGCUUUAAGACAAACAAGCAAAAAAUAAAAGCGGGGAAAAAAUGAAGCAAAAAAAAAAAAAAAGCAUGAGCGAUCACUUGUUUCAGGGGCACAGCGGCCGCGCGAGACCCUGGGUCCUGGCGGUGGAGCGCUGGCGCCGAGCUCCACAGUCUCUUCAGUCCCUUCCCUUUCUCAGCCUUGUUCACCGUCACGUAGGCACUCUGACUGUCGGCAAGGGGAAAGGCGUGGGCGAGCCUUAGAGUUUUUGAGGGGGGAGAGAAUCUAUAACAUACAAUGUACUGUAUCAAACUAUUUUACACGAAUGACACAAGUAUUCUGAAUUUUAAAAAAAAUUGAACAUUGUUAAAAACAAGGUGUUAUGUAAUAAAUUUAUUUUUCAUAAAUCGAA